CUUUCAACUAAGUUACAAGAUCGCAAGAUGAUUAAAAUAGCGACUUUAAUUUUAUCCGCGUUUUUAUCAGCGGGCUCAGUUAAUGGAACAUUUAAUUUUGUUGCCCGUGACGAACUGUAUAAAUACACCAGAGUAGCUACAAGUACCGACGGAGAACCCUGUUUAGGAGGCUGCUCACCAAUCACCAAAGAGUGUGUGGUGAACUGGAGAUGGACCAAAAAACCAUGUGUCACCGAAAACCGACCAGCUCCAAUAUUCUUCACCGCCCGAUCUAGAGACCCGAGCAACAAUCAAUGUUGGGGCAACUGUGGCAAAUUCGGCAACAUCUACGAGUGGUGUGUGACAUCAGCUAAUAACGAAUGGGAUUUCUGCAGUUCAAAGGUCAGAGGAACAACCACUCCCACGGGAAGAAGCCUCGUCGAUACUUAUACAGCAAGAAGCAAAUUGUGUCAAAGCAGCUGCGAUUAUGAUCCCAAAUCUGGUUAUACCUGCUAUUUUAGAUCCAAACUCUGGGCUCAUUGCGCUAAACAAGCCAUAACUCGAGUACCCACUCUACCGCUGGAUUUCAAAACUGGACCAUCUGACAAAAGAAGCUGUAAGGCGUUUAUGAACAACUUGAUUAAAGAAUCAUUCAACGCGAGUAAUUUUGAAACAGCGCAUGCCUCUGACGGGUACAUCCAAGACGUGGCCAAUGAAAUUGAAACCGCUAUCAAAGGUGCAGCAGAUACAGGUGUUUUCGUUUCAAACAAUAAAAAAUUUGACCCUGUAUACAGUUACACGAUGGCUAAUGUUAUUCUAGCAAAUGGAAGUAGCGUGCCAGUUACGGCUGUAAUACGUGCAAAGGUAACUAGUAAGACGAUAAAGAAACUUGAAAAUUUGUUAGAUCUGAGAUCUAGUUUUCCUGACAAUCUCGAGGACCUUUCUGAUUGGAGUAUUAUUGGUUAUGAACUUGGUGGUUCUAGUGACAGUUAUAACGUUGUUCCUCAGUCGUCUGGUUUUACUCAUGAGUGGCUUUUGGUAGAAGAAGCUAUAAAAGAGUGGACAAGUGAUACUAAUGGGUCAGUAGAUAUGCUCAUUGUAGUUUUCUAUAGGGAUGUGCAGUCAAUUAUUCCGAAAGCAUUUGGUGUGGUUUUAUCAUUUAACAACCCGGACGGUACUCCUUUUGUCUCGUGUAAGGAUACUAUUUAUUGGAAUAACUAAACUAUUAUAUGAGAUUAAUAUUGAUGUAUUUUUUGUACUCAUGGCGUUAUUCAAAAUAAUCUGAUUUCAUUUUUGCACUAAUUUGAUACCUUUUGUGGCGUAAAAUACCUAGUUUUAAUAAACAUAAGAUAUUUAAUUAAA